UCUGAGGAAGCAAGCGAGCCUGUCAAGUCUGUCUCCACAUCUUCCCUUGUGGUCCUGGGACAUAAGAAGACAACGCACUGGAAAAUAUGCUGUUCUGCCAUUCCCAGCCUGAGUCCUACCACCAGCACUCUGCUAGUUACAUUAGAGAGGCCUUGGCGCCUUUCUUGAAAAACGAAGAAGCGAGACUUAUGGCAGAAAAUGGUGUCAAGAGGACGCCAUUCCAGUAUAUUCUGUGUGCAGCCACCUCGCCGGCUGUGAAACAGCAGGAGGAGACUCUCACUUAUCUCAACCAAGGUCAGUCCUACGAAAUCCGUAUGCUUAACAGAAAACUAGUGGAGUAUACAGAUAUAAGCAGCAAAUAUGUAAAGAGCAUUGUGCGCGUGGUGUUUCAUGACCGUCGGCUACAGUAUAUGGAGCACCAGCAGCUGGAGGGAUGGAGGUGGAACAGACCGGGAGACCGAAUCCUGGAUAUAGAUAUCCCGCUGUCAGUGGGGAUACUUGAGCCUCGUUCACACCCUCUGCACCUCAACACCAUUGAGUUCGUCUGGGAUCCCGUCAAGAACGCGUCUGUUUUCAUCCAGGUGAACUGCAUCAGCACUGAGUUCACCCCCAGGAAGCAUGGUGGGGAGAAAGGGGUGCCUUUUCGAAUCCAGGUGGACUCUUUCACCACCAAUGAACAGGGGGAAUACAUGGAACAUGUCCAUUCCUCCAGCUGCCAGGUCAAAGUCUUCAAGCCAAAAGGAGCUGAUCGCAAACUGAAGACAGAUAGGGAAAAGAUCGAUAAAAAGUCCCUACAAGACAAAGAAAAGUAUCAACAAUCCCAUGAGACCACCCUGCUAAAAGAGUGUUCACCCUGGCCUGAUGCCCUGAAUCUCACCAGCCACAGCACCAGCAGCACUCCAUCUCCAGUUUACCACAGCUCACCAACUUCCUGUAGUUUUGCAGAUGGCAACUGUUCUCCAAACCAGCAAGGGGAGCUGCUCAUGCCCGGCUGCUCUGAUCACCUUCUGCCAUCGUCCUCGCCGCAGGACACUCAGCAGUGGCUGCACCGUCACAGGUUCUCGCCUUUCUCAAGGCUCUUCACCAGCUUCUCAGGUGCUGAUCUAUUGAGGAUGAGCAGGGAGGAUCUGAUCCAGAUCUGCGGCCCAGCUGAUGGUAUUCGCCUCUUUAACACGGUGAAAGGAAGGUAUAUACAGCCCCGUCUUACCAUCUACGUGUGUCAGCAGCAGGUCAGAAAUCAACCUGUCAUCAAGCCGGGAGGUGUCGACAUCUACCACGCUCUGUACCUGGACGAGCUGACGCUGCUGGACCUGUCUGAAAAGAUCGCAGCGCUGUACAGCAUCACUCCUCAGCAAAUUACACACAUCUACAGACAGAAACCCAGCGGGAUCCAUGUCUUAGUCUCUGACGAGAUGGUGCAGAACUUCAGGGAGGAGACAAGCUUCAUUAUCAGCACUAUAAGCGGUGAAAACACAGACGGCUACCACAUCGUGUUGAAAUGAGCAACGCCAGGAGCUUCACAGUUUCAGCUUAGAAAUCAGUGGAAUUGUACAGAUUGUAUAUAAAAGUCUCUCUAGAUGGAGAUAUGUGACAUUUACUAAGAUUUACAGUACAAUAAAUUGCUCUUAAGCUUUCAGUUUACUGUUGAUCUUGUUGUUUUGUUUGGUUUUCUUUAAUUUUCCUGUUUUAUGUGUAUUUUUGUGAAGGUACUGAUUCAUGUUUGAAAAGCCUUGUAAUUAGUGGUAAACUGUGCUGUAUUACUUGUCCGUGUGUGUAUGUACAUUUCUUGCUUACAGACCAUUAAAUGCAAGUCAAUGACUAUUAGGAGUAAAUAUCACAUAUGACGAUGCAGACGAAUAGAAAAGACAAAUGAACAAAACUGUAUUAUCUUGUUUUAAUGCAAUGCAAUGUUGCUGCUCUGUGUUCAUGCUUGUCCCAAAUAUGAAAUGAUGUGAUGUAGUCUACUGACUGUUUCUGUUGCAUAUAGUAUGUUUGUUAUACAGCCUCUUUCCGAGAUGAAGUGUAAUGUAAAAUUUGGAAGAAGUGAGAUGUUUAUGCACAUAAGCCUAUUUUAUGUUUAAACAGAGGCUCUAUGCUGCAGUUUGGAGGAUGAUUUUCAC